AUGACGACCAGAGAGAAUGAGCGGCCAUAUAUUUGUGAAUUCUGCAACCGUGGAUUUACACAGAAGGGGAACCUGAACGUCCAUCGACGGACACAUACGGGCGAAAAGCCCUUCCAGUGCCAUUUAUGUGGGAAAACCUUCAGGAUUCAAGCGAGCUUGGACAAACACAACAGGACUCACACAGGUGAACGGCCAUUCAGCUGUCAGGUCUGUAGCCAGACCUUUACAGAGAGGGGUCCUCUCCAUCGUCACAUGGCCAGCAAACAUCAGGAAGGGCGGCCACAUUACUGCAAUAUCUGUGGCAAAACUUUUAAAGCCAUUGAUCAGUUGCGUGUACAUGUGGGGAGGCACAAAGGGGUGAGGAAGUUUGAGUGCAGUGAAUGUGGCUAUAAAUUCACUCGACAGGCUCACCUGAGGCGACACAUGGAGAUUCAUGGGCGGGUAGAAAAUUACAACCCCCGUCAGCGAAGGUUACGCAACCUGAUCAUCACAGAUGAGAAAGAGGAAAGUGCAGAGAGUGACACAAACACAGCAACACGGACAGCCAGCCUACCAGACCAGGUCCUAUCCACCACAGCCACAAAGACUAAUCAGUGCACUGAAACCCCAGAACUCUUAUCUCAUAGGUUCACAGGCAUUGGGAGUUAUCAACUGCAAGAGAAUGUGGAGCUGUCCAUUGGUAUGACAGACAUGUCACAAGCAACCUCCUAGAGCCUCAAUCAAAAUUUCACCUUCAUUGGGAGAGAGCGCCAUUGGACAUCAAUGCAGCCCAAGCCUGUUUCCAGCAUCUAAAUAAGUGACAGACAACAGAAACAGAAAUGCUGGCUGAGUUAUUUUUAUCUUCUGAAAGAUCAUGUGGCGGUGCUCAAAGAUGACCAAGGAAUGAUCAAUGUGUGGUGAGCAACAUGCUACUCAAUCAGCAACAAAAAUAAUAGAUUAACUGGUUGUUGCUUGCAAUCGAUCUUGCAGUGUAGAAAAUAGUUGCUGCAUUUGAUAACCAUAAAAAGGCACUACACUUGAGAAUGAAAUAAUGGAACAAAAAUACAAAUAUUUUCUCA